AUGACUAGAAAAGAUAAAAAGAAUAGAAGUUGUAAACAUUGUGGAUAUAUAUGCACAAUGCUACAAAAACUUCGUGAGUAUCUUAAUAGAAAGAAUCCAUACAGACCCUGCAUUUCUCUAGUACUUUUGCCUCAAAAUCCAGAACCAUUGCUAGAGCCAAAGCAAAAUUCUGAAUUAUUGCUAAAAAACUUAUUUCAAGUAGUAGAAACUCACGAAUUUAGCAUAAAAAAUGCUAAUGAUAGAUUACCUGAUGAAACUAUCUGGAAAUGGGGUUCAAGAUUACGAAAAAGAUAUAAGGAACUAUCUUGCCAAGUUCUUUAUGAUACUUUAUUACAAAUAGAUGAAGAAGCAUAUAAUAAUAUAGAACCUACAAAGCAGACAAAAGAAGAACAAAAAUUCUUUGAAGAACCUAAAAUUGAGCUUGUUAAAAGACAAGUGGAAAAAAACAAACAAUUUGAGAAUAUUACUUUGGAAGCAGACCAAACAGAUAAAGAAUUUGAGCGUCUCAGUAUGAUUACUGGGGAUAAUGAAAAAAGUAUAAUAUUUAGAGAGCAAAACAUAGGACCUGCAUUAAAAAGGCGAGCUGUUGCCGUACAUAAUACAAAAGUUCCAAGAUAUCAUCCAGAUAAUGGGA